AUGGGGAAGAAAAUAGGAAUCGUAGCGUUUACUCUUGAGCUCUGCAUCACCUUGGCACUGUGCGAGUAUUACUCAAAAACGCAUCCCGUGUCACCCAAACAACAAGUCGUCACCAAUCUCCAUUUCUUCUUUCACGACACUCUCACCUCUCCCAACGCAUCUGCCGUCCUCAUCGCCAAGCCCACUCUCACCGGAGACGACUCCUCUUCUCCGUCGCCCUUCGGCUCUCUUUUGGCCACCGACGAUCCUCUCACCCUCGGACCCGACCCCAACUCCGAGCUGAUAGGAAACGCCAGAGGGAUGUACGUCUCCUCCGGGAAACAUGUCCCUACCUUGACUAUGUACGUCGACUUCGGAUUCACCUCCGGGAAGUUCAACGGCAGCUCUAUCACCGUGUUUUCGAGGAAUCCCAUAAUGGACAAGGAGAGGGAGCUUGCGGUUGUGGGCGGUCGUGGACGGUUUAGGAUGGCCACAGGAGUGGCUCUUCUCAAUACUUAUUCCGUUAACUUGACCAAUGGUGAUGCCAUUGUUGAGUACAAUGUCACUGUCUAUCACUAUUAA